CCCCGAUAAAUCUGUUUUUAUGUGAAUAGUAUGGUGUACUCAACGGACUCUGAUUUGCUGCUUGGAUUGGUUAUUUGUGACAAUGGUUCGAAACAGUGCGAUGUGUUGUGUACCUAAUUACGGUAAAACGCGAUUAGAUAAUGUGAUUCUUCACAAAUUUCCCUGUCCAAUUAAUGAGGCUGACCGGUUUCGUACUUGGAUUUACUCUGUUAGUGGAGAUGUGUUAUCUUUGGAUAAUCAAUUUAUUCAUAAGUACCGAAAAGUGUGUCAUAUUCACUUUGAGGAAAAAUUUAUUAAUCGAAGCGGAAGACUCAGCGCUAUUGCAGUUCCAACACUACAUUUAAAAGGAAUGGCUACGCAAACCGCAUCGGUGCAAAUUGCAAGCAAUUUCCAACAACCGUUGCAAGAUGAUCAUGUACCCCGAGCCCCAUUGAUGAACAUCACGAAUCAGUACAAUGCGGGUGGUGACGACACUUCUCGGCCCUCAACUUCAGGGAUGGCUACGCCAACCGCAUCGCUGAAAAUUGCAAGCAAUUUACAAGAACCAUUGCACUAUGUACCCCGAGCCCCAUUGAUCAACAUCACAAAUGCGGCUGCUCACGACGCUUCUCGGCCCACAAUUUCAGAUCAUACGCCACCCUACACGCCACAAUUUUGCUCUGAAGCUAGUAGUUUAGCCAAACAUAUAAAAAAACUUACCGAGACGAAGGACAAAUAUGCCGUCAGACUAAAAAAAGCUAUGUCUCUCUCAACCAACACGGCUUUUCAGAAAGCCAUCGGUAAAUUUACCACAAUGGCAUUGCUAUUUGUCAUGAUGCAAUUUAGGGAGAUAAAUAAAAAGAAAAUGGGAAGGAGAUUCACAAAGCAAGAAAAAAUAAUGGCAUUAUCUCUUUAUAAGCAAGGACCUAAGGCGUAUAGAUGGCUGAGGCACAUUUUUGUACUACCAUCGCCUCUCACAUUAUCAAGGAUGAUAUCCGCUGCAGCCUUAAAAGCCGGUAUAAAUGAUAACAUUUUCGAAAAUCUUAAAAAAAAAGGCCAGAAAAAUGUCGAUAUCUGAAUGGCUGUGUAUUUUAUUAUUCGACGAGAUGGCAAUUAAACCUCAUUUUGAAUACAAUUCAAAAAAAGACAUGAUCAUCGGAUUCGUUGACAACGGAAAAAGGAGGGUCAAAAAAAUCGCUGACCACGCGCUAGUUUUUAUGAUAAGAGGCAUCACAAAAAAUUAUAAACAGCCCAUUAGUUACAGCUUUUGUUGUGGAGCCACCGAGAAACACGAAUUAGCGCAGGCCAUAAAAGACCACAUA